AUGUGUAACAUAGAACAUGUAGUGCUUGGUGUCAAUGUCGAGGAAAAAGGCAAUGGAGACUCAGCACAUGACAACACAACACAUGCUCACGUUGAUACGUCUAGUACCAGUACCGAGCCACAGUCCAGUACCCAAGUCGAGUUACCAGAUCUGGAAGGAAGGGAAGAUGAACCAGAACCGGAAAUCCCGGAAUCGGAGGUGAGAAACACUACUAACAGUCCAGAGGUUGACCCCGACCCUGGUUAUUUUGAACCUAUUUUGCAGGAUAUUAAUGAGGAUGAGGAGGCUGGAAGUGAACGAAGGACACCAAUGAACGCGGGUUUAUCCAAUAUUUUACGUGUAUUUAUUGAUACAAUCAGCCAUCAUAGACACCGGCUUUACCUUCUCGCUAUUCAUCUUCAUUUAGCUACUACAUCAUACAGAUUAGAGGUGUUUUAUAACAUGAGUGGUGCUUAA